AGGACUCUCAAAUCAUUGGCUCCAUCCAACCUGACAGACAGACAAGAGUACUAGGCUAGAGUGCCAUAGUUUAUUUUAUUUUAUUUAAUAGGAAAAAAAAAUAAAAAAAUAAAAAACUGAAUUGCUGAGUUGUGAGUCGGAAAGUGAAUCUAGGAGAAGCGUAGCAUUUUCAUCCGUGGAGAAUUCAUAUCUAGGGUUGGGUUUGAUGUAAUUAAGAUUCAAGAACAAAUCGGAAGUUGCACGCCCAAUGUGAGGAUCGUAGAUGAGCUCCAGUAAUUUGACGGGGUUCGUGUUGGCUGUGGUUUCCAGCGCUUUCAUUGGCUCCAGCUUCAUCAUCAAGAAAAAGGGCCUUCAACUCGCCAGUGCCAAUGGCCCACGUGCCGGUGUUGGUGGCUAUGGUUACUUGCUUCAACCCCUCUGGUGGGUCGGAAUGAUUACCAUGAUUGUCGGAGAGAUAGCUAAUUUUGUAGCAUACAUUUAUGCCCCUGCUGUUCUUGUUACUCCACUCGGUGCUUUGAGUAUCAUUGUUAGCGCUGUCUUGGCACAUUUUCUCUUGAAGGAGAAACUGCAGAAAAUGGGCAUGUUGGGGUGUCUUCUGUGCAUUGUGGGAUCCACUAUAGUUGUGCUCCAUGCGCCCGAAGAGAAGUCUCUUACUUCUGUACAAGAAAUAUGGGAAUUGGCCAUUCAACCUGCAUUCGUCUCGUACACUGCCUCUGCAAUUGCUGUGACAUUGUUCUUGGUUUUGUACUGUGCUCCCCGCUGUGGCCAGACUAAUAUUAUGGUUUAUACUGGAAUAUGCUCAAUAGUUGGGUCCUUGACUGUCAUGAGUGUAAAAGCAAUUGGCAUUGCGAUAAAACUUACACUGGAAGGUGCAAACCAGGCUUUCUACUUUCAUACAUGGAUUUUUACAAUGGUUGCUGUCAGCUGCAUCAUUGUCCAACUAAAUUACCUUAAUAUGGCAUUGGAUAAUUUUAAUACCACAGUUGUUUCUCCAAUCUAUUAUGCAUUGUUCACAUCUUUUACAAUAUUGGCCAGUGCAAUUAUGUUUAAGGACUAUUAUGGUCAAAGUAUAAGCAAUAUUGUGUCAGAGCUAUGUGGUUUCAUCACUAUUUUAUCUGGAACGACUAUAUUGCACAGUACAAGAGAACCAGAGCCUCCAGCCAUUUCAGAUUUAUAUACACCAUUGUCUCCAAAAGUGUCAUGGUAUAUCCAAGGCAACAACGAACCCUGGAAGCAGAAGGAGGAGGAUGUGUCACCCUUUAAUUUAAUUACGGUUAUACGGCAAGACCAUUUCAAGUGACACAGGAGGCUAAACUGCAAGAGGCAGAGAGGAGACAGUGCUUCCUUCUUUUUAUUUAUUUAUUUAUUUAUUUAUUUUUGGGAAUAUAGGAUUUUGUCCACUGGUAGCACGUGAAAUGAAGGCUCAAGUGCUAUCACCUAAAAAUUAAAAUGGUCCUAUGGCCAUGUUAUCAAGUAGUGAGUUAUAGUCUAAUUUGCUUCCUUUUGUUUAAACCCUCAUGUAUUCCUUCAAUGUAUUUCCUAUUGGUUCUUUCCACACCACCCUGUCCUUAUAUUUCUUAUUAUAAUUUUUUUUUUGUAAAAUGUAGAAUGGUUCAUUGUUUUGGUGUUUAGCAGGUUUUGGAAGCUAAUCAAUGUAUAUCGAUCAGUGUAGUUUCAACUUUCAAUUAUUUAAAUAGCCCUUGGAAAUUAUUGGUUGGAUA